GUACAUGUUCUUGAGCAUUCCAAAACCAAAUGUUGAACAAAAUAUUUAGAAACACUUGCAAACUAUUCUUGUACUAUGCUUACAAAUGUGAAACGAAUUAACUACCAUUCCAAGUUAGACUAGGAUAUUAAUCAAAGUUUACAGUAAAUUACAAAUUGAUGAGACCAGGAAAGAUGGGGAAAUGAUUAGCUCUACGUUGUCAAACCUGUGGCAUAAAAUAUUGCAGAUCAAGCAUGAAUAUCUAAUUACCCAAGCCAUCAAUUCGAACAGAAAGCAUAUCAAAAUAUGAAUGCAUAUCGUUACUAUAAAUGGGUAUACUGUACCAUGUAAAUUGACCCUAACAUUGGUAUCAUUUCCGCGAUCAAGAACGAUUUCUUGCUGUGUUGAUGUCAUUUUGGGUCAAGGUCAGGUCAUUUUUGUGGUAGCUAAUUUAGCUUACUUUAGCAUUAUAAAAAUUCAAAUAUACAAUUUUCACAUGUUUAAUCAUAUAUACUACGAAAUGCUGCAUAAGUAGGUUUCAAUUUUAUUUUUUCGCUCAAAAUUAUAAUUUUCAUUCAGUUCAGGUUUGAAAUUUUGCCAUGCUAGAAUCUAGUCUACUUCCGGUAAAUAUGACUUGCCGAAAUAUUUUUCGACAAAACGUAAAUAUUAUUAAUAGAUAUUGGACAACAAAGAACUGCAUAAGAACAAAUCAACUUAAGAAUAAUGUAUUUCAUCUAGGUCUACCAGCUGUAUCGACAAGCUUUGUGAGACAUCUUUACAGUCAUGAGGUGCUUGGUGUUGAGGCUUUCAAGAAACAAAAAGCUAUCUUACAAGACAAAAUGGGAUACAUGAAAGAUAAAUUCAUCGACAGAUUAAGGGAAAACGUUGAAGAUGGGAACGCAACCAUAUUUUCUGAAGAUAUUAAAUCUAUCCUCCACCUAGCUGAUACAGAGGCUGAGUUUGAGUUAGCAUGGAGAGCUAUUAAAAGGUACAAUGAUCAGAUGUUGGCUAGCAGUCUCCCACUACCUACCUUUAGGUUUGGCCCUGUAGUAAUGAGAAUGCUCUAUACUGCUGGUUAUUCUGACUGGGCCCUGGAACUGGCCACUGAUCCACAAUAUAAGAUGUUUGUGAACCAGCUUAGUACAUACACAGUACUUCUUGAUCUACUAUAUGAGCAAGCUCGCUAUCUAGAUGCUCUUGAAGUAUACUUCGCUAUGAUUAAAGAUCCAGUAGCAGGUGUGAGAAACCCAUAUGAUGCCACACUUAUUGCAUUAGCUUGCUGUUAUAAAAUGAAUUCUAAGGAGGCAUAUGACAACCUGUUGUCAAUCCUUGAAAUUGCUCGAGAACGAGAAAUUAAUAUUCUCAGUAGAGGACUACAGUUUGCUGCUGCUUUAGCUUUAGAACAGGGCCACACUAAUGUAGCAUUUGAAAUCUUAGCAGGGAGUAAUUCUAGGCCAUCCCAAGCCACUGUUAACAUGAGGGCCAUGAUAUACUUCAAGUUGGGUAGGAUAGAUGAUGCCCUAGCCAUAAUGCAGGUGCCUCUACAGCAAGACAUGCCAGAACAAUACAGACAUCGUCAUCAGAUCUUUCCAAAAACUAUAAAGUGUGCUCGAGAAACUAUAGAAGCCACUGGUGACCAGGAACUACAGAAGAAAUUCAAAAUCUUAGAAGACUCUUUACUUAGUCAAGGACAAGUCAGUAUGAUGGAUUUAGACAGCUAUCUGAACAGCCCCAUUGUACGUAGGUCUAAGAGUAGGGACAAUUAUAACUCACGGACAAGAUCUGGAUACAAGGAUCCAUCAAAAGAUUAUAGUUCUUUUGAGUUGUAAAUCUCAUGUUUUUAUUGCCGCAGGGAACAGUGAGUGACUUUUGUGAGUGACCUCUGGAGAGGACUACCUGACUGAACUUCUAUAGAAAAAUGGACUAAAUUGAGCCUGUAUACAAAAUAACAAGAAUUAAUCUACAGCUUUUGAUAUUGGCAUCUACGAAUGUAACAGAUAUGAUUUUUGAAUAAAUCAUUUUUUACAUUGUAUUGCCCCAUGCUUUAAAAUGGAUAAAAUGGCCAAUAUUUCAAUUUAUCAGUACAUAUUAGUCAGAA